AUGGUUGCAUAUGUCGAGCCACAGUGUUUUAUUCAAUAUGGAAAAAAUGGUAAACUUGAUGAGCGAUCUGAUAUUUAUAGUCUAGGGGUGUUGAUGUGGGAACUUACAAGUGGGACACCCCCUUUUUCUGAUAUAAUGAAUAAAUAUGCCAUUUCUAUAAAAAUUUUUCUCGGUGAUCGGGAGAAGAUGAUUCUUGGUACACCACAAAAAUAUGUGGAUCUUUACACAAGUUGUUGGUCUUCAGAACAAGAAAAACGUCCAAA